AUGCGUAAGGAGAAAAUACCGCAUCAGGCGCCAUUCGCCAUUCAGGCUGCGCAACUGUUGGGAAGGGCGAUCGGGAAAAUCGUCGAAAUCGACGAAAGUCACAUGUAUAAAGCGAAAUACAACCGUGGGCACAUGCUAAGAAGAAAAUCUAUCUGGAUAUUUGGCAUGACUGAACGUCACACAAAUAAAGUGGCAAUGUUCCGCGUGAAGCAACGAGAUGCAGCAACUCUACUCCCGAUCAUUAGAGCACAUGUCAAACCAGGCUCUAUGAUUGUAUCCGAUGGUUGGGCCGCCUACGGAGGCAUCAGAACCCUCCAGAGAGCGUUUACACACAGAUGGGUCAAUCACAAAGUAAACUUUGUUGACCCCAGCGAUCGACGAGUUCACACUCAGUCUAUUGAAGCCACAUGGGGUGCUUUCAAACGGGAACUCAAAGCGAAAUAUGGCGUCCCAGAAGAUCAACUCGACGGAUACAUGUCGACAUACAUGUGGGACUGUUACACCUGGGUUUUCCAGACGACGCUUGAGAGACCCCUUCCCAGAGGAUAUUUUAGUGAUCGCCAUUACCAGGCACACAUUAAGAUGAAUGUGUUCCGAUUCAUUAUUUUUUUGCUACUUUCGACUUCCCCUGUUUUCGGAUUCCCUGCAAUGGCACUUGUGAAAGCUUCUCCUGUUAUAGCUGAAGUAGUUACGGUAAGUGAUAUAACUAUUACGGAUAUAGAGUAUGUGAAUAAGGUGGAGGCGAGAAACUACGAACAUCAUAUCAAGGACACACUUCAAAUCAAUGUACCUCAACAUGAGGAUGAAGAUCACUCGAAAUAUGUAGACGACGAUCAAAGUCGAGAUAAGAAAAAUAGUACAGUUGUUGAUUGGGGUGCUUUCAAAAAGGAACUCAACGCGAAAUACGGCGUCCCAGAAGAAGAACUCGACGGAUACAUGUCGACAUACAUGUUUAGACGCUACUUCUUAAAAAAAAAACUUCUGAACCAACUUCUGAUCGAGAUGAAGUAUUAUAAGAAAGAAGAUGACUAUGAUUCAAGUGAAUCUGAAAUCUCCACGGAUGAAAGCUCUGAUUACUACGACGGUGAAGACGAGUCCGAUUCCAGCGACCCGAAUCAUGGAGACGACGAUGAUGAAGACGGAGCAGAUAGUACAGUUGAUGAUAAUAAUGUCUAUGAUGAUUAUGAUGGUUAUGACGAUUAUGAUGGUUAUGAUCAUUAUGAUGAAUAUGAUGAUGACGAUAUCCAAAACGAAGAUGAACCAGAGUUUGAGGAAGAGCAGGAGAGAGAGCAGGAAGAAGAGCAAAACGGAGAGCAGGAGGGAGAAGGCGAGAAUGAGAGACAAAAAGAGGAUCAUCAGGAAGAUGAGUACGAAGAUGAACAGGAAGAGGAAGAUCAAUUGACUGAAGCACCGACCACGAAAAUCUUCAGAAAAAGAAAACAGUUCGAUUCUGAUAGAGUUUCAUUUGCUCCCAAACAACGAAAUGAAAGAAACAAUCGCGCCUUUACAUUUUCAACAAGACAAACCACAAUGGCUGCUCGUUUGAAUCGAAAUAGAAACGAACGUCGAAGUUCUACAAUGAGAACCACCACCUCUUCUAAGCCAGAAAUGAUUAUCAAAACCAACAGACCAAUUUCGUCAACUACACCAAGGCAAACGACGACCAAAACUCGAAAACCUCGGAAGAAGACACAAAGUCGAAAAGCUGAUCCUACAACCACCAUCACAACCACAGCAACCAUGAGGACCACGACCACCAUGAGAACAAGACGAACAACUUCCCAUCAGUCGAGACGAACCACGACAGAACCUCGUACGAAACGGACGACGUCUGCCCCUGAAACGAGACAAACAACCAUCACCACUCAGAAGACUCGGAAUGAUAGAAGAAGACGCGGGCGGCCCACUACCACCACUCCAAGAUCGACUACCAUUACUCCAAGAUUCACAACCACUACUCUAAAAUCCACUUUCACCGGCCGAAGGAAGUUCAAAGGACGCGGAUAA